UUCCAUUAUACCUAGAAAAUAAAUUUUAUUAGACAUUAUGCUAGAUCCAAUUUGGAACUUUGCAUUGUACACUUCUUUAAUGCAUAGUUCAUAACUUCUCCUUCUAGACCACAGUGUUCUAGAAUAUGUCUUGCAACUGUUUUAAGAAGCACCCCAAAGUUUUAGAAAGAAAAUAUUUUUAUAAUGGUGUGAAAUCACCUUAAUGAAAUCACAAACUUCACAAAAUAUUUUAGCCUCCUACAACGAUGCUAAAUUCUAAACCUAAGUCCAUUUUGUAAAUUAUUUCCUAGUUUAAACUGAGUUUAGACACUGUGGAACUCAAAGCCAAAUUAUCAGAUCCCACCUUCUUUGAAAUUCCCUUGCUUUGAUAGUAACUGCUUCCUUCCUCAGUCAUUUUCUAAUUAGCAAAGCUCUUGAAGAUCUUUCUCAGGAAUCUUUCCUACCAUUCAUUCCCUCUUUAAUCGCCCUGCCAAAAUCUUUUCCUAACUGAGCCUUUUUUCUUUAAAUAGCUCAAUUUUGUUGUUUUAAGUCAAAAAUCAUAAACUCAUGCUACAUCUAGAUUAUACAUUCCAGAAACAGGGAUCUGUUCUCUUUCCUGCUUUUCCUGUUUCUCCUGAGGACCCAGUAAUGUACCCCUGUAUGCAACAAAUGCUUACUGACAACUCUCCAGUAGGCUGAUUCCAUCUGACUUUUUCAUCCAUUCAAUGAUUAUUUGUUAAAUAUUAAUACCAAGUGUGUGUCAAUCAUAGUGCUAGACUCUAGAUAUACACCAAGUGAAUGAAACAGACUUGGCCCCUGCCUUUAAAGACCUGAGAGUCCAGUGAUGAAGCUUACAUAAUGAGAACUUCCCCUGACACACAUUUUAUCCAGUAAAGAUACACAUAUGUGUAUAAAAAAAUUGAUUAAUUAACAUUUUCCCUCAUGGACUUUAGCCUGAGUUGCAGCCAACUAGUAUAAACCAAGAUUUUCCUUUUAUGAUUUACAAUUUAAGUGGCAAACUGUGACUCACAAGACCUUUCCAGCCCUCAGCAUAAGGGCUGAUAAUUCAUCCUUCAUUUCUCAAAGGGGAAGUUACUAACAAAAUGUGAUCGAGGCCAUUGGUAUUGGACCCAUAUGUGUUUUAGUUACUAUUCUUUCCCAUCUCAUAGAAAAUGACAUCAAGAAAUUGUAAAGUGUUUAAAUACCACUGACACAACACUUACACUUAAAUCUCCCUUCAAAUCCAGUGAACCAUACUAAGCUGUCACCUGUGUCCCUCUCCCUCCCCACAGAAUAAGAGCCUCUCUCCUAGGGAAGCCCUCGCUGAUCCCUGCUGAGCCUGCUUUAAGAUCAUUCCACGUCCAUCCCCUCUUGUAACUAAGAAAUCUUAGACUGUGUGUACCCACUUGGAGAAACACGAAGAGGACUCUCACUUUUUCAGUUACCUCUGGAGAUUGGAAGCAGGGUAGACAGAGUCAGGUGUGGAAUGAAACUUCCUCAAUGUGCACAUGGUACAGUUUUGACUUUUAAAGCUUCAGAAUGCACAAAAUUUUAAAAGAAAAAAAAUUACAGAAAAUAGAGGCAAUAUGUUGAGAAAAUGAAAAUGGCCAGAGGAGAUAGUAGAGCCAAUAUUUCAUUGGCAAUCAUUAUUCUUUAUCUCAUCUUUCUGGACCCCCCAAUGUUUCCCUGGAAUAGCUUAUGAGAUUUCAGUUAACCAUCCACCCACAGAGAACAGUAGCAAAUCUGAGUCAACAAAAGGCCCUUGCCACUUAAGUUCAGAUUCCUUGGCAAUCUUUCAAAGUUUGUCUUUGGCAGACCUCGGUGCAACUUCGUAAGCAUAUGAUGUCCUUGAGUUCAUCUUUAGGUACUUUAUCCAGCUUUUGUAUCUUUGACACAGUACAAGACUCCCUAAGACCAUGCCAAGCUUCUGACUCCAACUAUAGGUCUGUGUUAGAGAGUCAUACCUGAAAAAUCAAGUGUGUCACAUCCAGACCUGUAUGACAUCAGUGCUGAUAAAGAGGAAAAUGUGUGUUUGGAGGGAGGAAGGAUGUAAGGAGCCAGCAGCUUGGUGGAGGUGAAGUUUUCUCCUUGUCUUUGGUUGCUUGAUUUUGUCAGUGUUUUCUACCAUCCCUGAGCACACAAAACUGGCCUCAAGUUGCCUCUUGAUUCUGGAGUUCGUGAUGAUUGUCGUCUUUGGUUUGGAGUUCAUCAUUCGAAUCUGGUCUGCGGGUUGCUGUUGUCGGUAUAGAGGAUGGCAAGGAAGAUUGAGGUUUGCCCGAAAGCCCUUCUGUGUUAUAGAUACCAUUGUUCUUAUUGCUUCAAUAGCAGUUGUUUCUGCAAAAACUCAGGGUAAUAUUUUUGCCACGUCUGCACUCAGAAGUCUCCGUUUCCUACAGAUCCUCCGUAUGGUGCGCAUGGACCGAAGGGGAGGCACUUGGAAAUUACUGGGUUCAGUGGUUUAUGCUCACAGCAAGGAAUUAAUCACGGCUUGGUACAUAGGAUUUUUGGUUCUUAUUUUUUCAUCUUUCCUUGUCUACCUGGUGGAAAAGGAUGCCAAUAAAGAGUUUUCUACAUAUGCAGAUGCUCUCUGGUGGGGCACGAUUACAUUGACUACUAUUGGCUAUGGAGACAAAACUCCCUUGACUUGGCUGGGAAGAUUGCUUUCUGCAGGCUUUGCACUCCUUGGCAUUUCGUUCUUUGCACUUCCUGCCGGCAUUCUUGGCUCAGGCUUUGCAUUAAAAGUACAAGAACAGCAUCGCCAGAAACACUUUGAGAAAAGAAGAAACCCAGCCGCCAACCUCAUUCAGUGUGUUUGGCGUAGUUAUGCAGCUGAUGAGAAAUCUGUUUCCAUUGCAACCUGGAAGCCACACUUGAAGGCCUUGCACACCUGCAGCCCUACCAAGAAAGAACAAGGGGAAGCAUCAAGCAGUAAGUUCUAUAGUGAUAAGCAGAAGCUCUUCAGAAUGUACACCUCACGGAAGCAGAGUCAGAAGCUAAGUUUUAAGGAGCGAGUGCGCAUGGCUAGCCCGAGGGGCCAGAGUAUUAAGAGCCGACAAGCCUCAGUAGGGGACAGGAGGUCCCCGAGCACCGACAUCACAGCCGAGGGCAGCCCCACCAAAGUGCAGAAGAGCUGGAGCUUCAACGACCGAACCCGCUUCCGGCCUUCGCUGCGCCUCAAAAGUUCUCAGCCCAAACCAGUGAUAGACGCUGACACAGCACUUGGCACUGACGACGUGUAUGAUGAAAAAGGAUGCCAGUGUGAUGUAUCAGUGGAAGACCUCACUCCACCUCUUAAAACUGUCAUUCGAGCUAUCAGAAUUAUGAAAUUUCAUGUUGCAAAACGGAAGUUUAAGGAAACAUUACGCCCAUAUGAUGUAAAAGAUGUCAUCGAACAAUAUUCCGCUGGUCACCUGGACAUGUUGUGUAGAAUUAAAAGCCUUCAAACACGUGUUGAUCAAAUUCUUGGAAAAGGGCAAAUCACAUCAGAUAAGAAGAGCCGAGAAAAAAUAAUGGCAGAACAUGAGACCACAGAUGACCUCAGUAUGCUCGGCCGGGUGGUCAAGGUUGAAAAACAGGUACAGUCCAUCGAGUCCAAGCUGGACUGCCUACUUGACAUCUACCAACAGGUCCUCCGGAAAGGCUCUGCCUCCGCCCUCACUUUGGCUUCAUUCCAGAUCCCACCUUUUGAAUGUGAACAGACAUCUGACUAUCAGAGCCCCGUGGAUAGCAAAGACCUGUCCAGUUCCGCACAGAACAGUGGCUGCUUAUCCAGAUCAGCUAGUGCCAACAUCUCGAGAGGCCUGCAGCUCAUUCUGACGCCAAAUGAGUUCAGUGCUCAGACCUUCUACGCGCUUAGCCCUACUAUGCAUAGUCAAGCAACACAGGUGCCAAUGAGUCAAAGCGAUGGCUCUGCAGUGGUGGCCACCAACAACAUUGCAAACCAAAUAAACACGGCACCCAAGCCAGCAGCCCCAACAACUUUACAGAUCCCACCUCCUCUCCCAGCCAUCAAGCAUCUGCCCAGGCCAGAGACCCUGCACCCGAACCCCGCAGGCUUACAGGAAAGCAUUUCUGACGUCACCACCUGCCUUGUUGCCUCCAAGGAAAAUGUUCAGGUUGCACAGUCAAAUCUGACCAAGGACCGUUCUCUGAGGAAAAGCUUUGACAUGGGAGGAGAAACUCUGUUGUCUGUCCGCCCCAUGGUGCCGAAGGACUUGGGCAAAUCUUUGUCUGUACAAAACCUGAUCAGGUCGACUGAGGAACUGAACAUACAGCUUUCAGGGAGUGAGUCCAGUGGCUCCAGAGGCAGCCAAGAUUUUUACCCCAAAUGGAGGGAAUCCAAAUUGUUCAUAACUGAUGAAGAGGUGGGCCCCGAAGAGACAGAGACAGACACUUUCGACACCGCACCGCAGCCUGCCAGGGAAGCUGCUUUUGCGUCAGACUCUCUAAGGACUGGAAGAUCACCUCCAUCUCAGAGCAUUUGUAAGGCAGGAGAAAGUACAGACGCCCUCAGCUUGCCUCAUGUCAAACUGAAAUAAGUUCUUUGUUUUCUUUCCAGGCAUAGCAGUUCCUUUAGCCAUACAUAUCAUUGCAUGAACUAUUUUGAAAGCCCUUCUAAAAAGUUGAAAUUGCAAGAAUCAGGAAGAAUAUGAAAGGCAGUUUAUAAGCCCGUAAUCUUUUAAUUGCAUGAAAAUGCAUGUUUAGGGAUGGCUGAAAUUCCAAGGUGCAUCGACAUUAACCCAUUCACUUAGUAAUGUACCUUGAGUUAAAAAGCCUGGGAAACCAAACACAGCUAAUGCUAGGGGGUGUACGAAUAUGUCACGAUUAGGUCAUUUAGGAGAUUUGAUGCUGUAAUUUCAAAAUUAUGGGAGUAAACACCUUCAAAUUUCAGGCAUUUCUGCUUUGUGACUAAAUAUAAAAUACAUUUUCAAAAUUAGGCCAUAAUGUAUAUUUAAACACAAUGGCUAUCAACAGCUGCUAACAAGGUAUCAAGUAAAGCAGAAUUUGGGAAUAAUAGAAAUGGCUGCUUAUUUCAAGAUAUAUUUGCCAACCCAUUCCUAUUCAGUCAUUUUAUUAUUAAUGUAAUUUGAAUGUCAAUUUGUGUGCUUUUGGUGAUUUAGCGCUGUGGCAAGCAAUUUUGCACAUCAUUUUCAUGUUGUCCUUUAUGACAAGAAUGUUCUUCAAUUAGAAAAUGUGCAAAUGAUGAAAUUCGGGGCCAGUGGGGCAAAUAGACUAUUUGACAUAUUUGACUUUAUGGAAACAUAUUCCCUGAUGGCAGAAUCAACUGUAUAAGUGGUCAACUUCUACACAAGCAUGUGAAAUACUGAUUGGUAGGACAGCCACUGUGAUUGGGCUGGUCUCUCUGCAAUGACACCAACCCCAGGCUUGCCAUUACUGCCCACAUGAAGGGCAAGUGUGGGAAGCUAUUCUUAUUUAGCUGACAUAUUUAUUGGUAGGACUCUGGGGAAUGGGACAUUUGAAUGGGACUGAGAUAGGAAAGGCUUGAAAAGAAUCCAGAAAGAACACACCGGGAAGUAGGCAAAGUUAAAGAAAAUGACUUCCCCCUCAAAGAGCAAUGAGAGGGAAAGAAACAAACCAAAAUAAAAGAAAUAGAUUUUUUAGAAAAUGAGUAUUGCUAGGGAAUUCAACUACCUAAACAUCCCUUAUUCUUAUAUAUAAGCAGAGAAUUUUGCAAGGUAUUUAUUUUUUAAUAUGCCCUGAAUGUCUUUUGCUAUUAUGUGUAGAUUUUGCAUAUGAAAGGCUAAAGCUAAAGUUCCUUUCCUUUUUAUACUAUAGUGAACACUUUCUAUUCUCCCCAAGAAUGUUGCUCCAAAUCCGAAAUAACUGCUUCAGUUUCCUGAUAUAUAACAUUUCCAAUCAGAAGCCAGAUAACACUGGCAGGAUCUGCAAAUCAAAACACUUAAUAAUAUAACAUGGCGGCAGAAAGACCAAAGGAAACAAAAUUUUAAAAAAUGUAUUUAUCAGAAAGCAAGCAUUGCUGACUGCUUGUUAGAAACCAGUUUAGCUAUCUCAGACCAUCAGAACUUCAGCCUAAGUAACAGCAUUCAAAAGGCAAGGAGACAAGAGAUAGCAUUUCAGUUCAGUUAAACCCUAGCCACAGAAGGACUCAAGAAAGGAAGAGUUGUUUUUUUUUUCUUGGCAGACAAUUAGUGCUGCCUCCAGAAAGACUUCUCCAGCAGCUAGGCAGAACGAGCAGGGACAUCGAGUGGCUGUUCGCGAAGGAAGGAGGCCCUGAACUCCACCAAUCCUCCCCAACUCCCUCCCCAACAGGCUUUCCCCAUCACUGACCCUCCUAUGCUUUUCUUUUUUUUUAUUAAUUGCUUAUUGAUUUCCUGCUUCUGAAUUUCACCAGGCCUUAACCAGCCUCCAUCCCCAAUUAAACCAAUUCACUCUACCUAAAAUGUGUUUCUCAACCUUUUAAAAUCGUUGUCCCUUUUGAUAAACACUGAGAUUUUAAAAGCUUUCUCUUCUCACACCACUUGGAGUCUAACACGCUCCCCUGGAGUGUAUCAUUCAGAACCUUCUUGGCUGCUGGAGAAACACAGAAGAUGGAGUCUAAAUUUUAACUCCAGUUAAAAAGAUUUUGUCAAUCUUUUAAAGCAAUUAUUUUCAUUUUCCAAAUACAGAAUGUUAGUAAGUGAUUAAAUGCAAUUUUUCAUCUACCCAUGUCUCCACUCAACCUGAAGUUGUGAUACACUCUCCCAAGGAUGUUGCACACAUGAAUACAAACACACAGACACACACACCCCUCCACUGACCUACAGCCAGACACCUGCCAUGCACUUGGCAGGCUCUCUCCAAGUAUUAGCUGAGGAAGAGGAGGGAGGCAGCAAGUUUCAGGUAGCACUGAUUCUUGGACAUACUCUGUCCUGGGUCGAACCCCACUGGCAGCAGGAAUUCUGAAUGUAUUGGGGACCCCUCCUUAGGCCUUGUUUGGCCUCAAACACAGUACAGUUCAUCCAGAAUUGCUGAAGACUGAAGAUUCAGAAACAAAACCUGAACACAUCACUGAGGUCUUAAUCAUAGCAAAAUGUGAUAAACCAUGUUGUGAAAACCUUUUAUACAUUGAAGCCAUGACCAUUUUGUGUCUAUCUUACUCUAGCACAAAAAUGUUUGGAUGUUAAAAGAUAGUUGUAUUGUGUGAAAACUGUAGGAUUCUGUCUGUUGCGUUACUGUCUAUGGAAAUGAGAGGGGUCUCCCAUUUACACUUAGCCAAGUCCAUUAGUCAAUCCCAAAUGGUGUCUUGAAGCACAAUUUAGCUGAGCACUGAGUAGCACAUGCUUUCUCAGUUCAAAUUUGUCUGCCUUCUUCAACAUGUAGGGUUGAUCAAGCUACUAUUUAAUUACAAACAGCCCUUGUAUGAGAUUAACUAAAAAAUUUUGCUAUGUCUGAUCUAAAUGUUUGCAUUUUGUUCAACUAAAUUAAUAUCUGUAGAUUGCAAGUUUUGUUUAAAAGAAGACAUUGUAUUUAAGUUUUUAAGUCCUUAUCUGCUGUUCUAAGGUGCCUUUCUAACCUCCCAUUGACUCAGUGAUUCUGAAAGUUCUCAAUUUGCAAGUAAAACAAGCCUAAUAGAGAGGAGGAAAUCAGGCACAAAGUGACUAAUUCUCAUGCCCAUUUGCAAAGCAAAACUGCAAGGAAUAAUGAAACCUUGGCAACUAAAUUAAUGGAUCACUUCAUUCAACCAGAUUAAGGAAAUAUCAUAAAUAUUAACCUAUCUCCCCAGAAGCUGAUAUUUUUUGCCUUAAAUGACAUGGUUGUGUUUUUGUAAGAGAAACUUAAUUUAAUUAUGUGCAUUUAAGUGAGCAGUUCUAAAAGUCAUGUAUGACAAUGCAACUGUCUGUUUCCUGAAAACAAAUAAAUCAGGAACAUCAUAUCCAUUUCAAGCUACCAUUAAAAUGUAAUUUCCUUUGCUUUCUUUUACUGGGAUUAUUUGUUUUAAAGUAAAACAUUAAAAAGAUGUCAGUAAACAGCUAGUAUGACUAUUUUUAUCUGGAACUAACUGACUGGUCCCAUCAACAAAACUGACUGACUAUGUACAGAUUUUGGAAUGAAACAUAAAAAUUAUCUUUUUGGAGUGUU